CGCAAAAGAAGGGUGAGAACAAAGAAUGGGCUGAGCAUCUGACAGAUUCAGAGCAGGGAGUGAAGAUUCCUGUCACAACUUUCAGGAAACUUUGUGCUUCCUUCUGAUCACAGAAUCAGCACAUGGUAUUUUGGGUGAUAAGUAGACCUGGCUGCAGAAAGAAGAAGAUCGCUUCUGCCAAAGUGUAGAGUCUACCUCUUGCCUAUUGUCCUGUUCUUGAGCUGCUUUUUUUUUUUUUUUUUUUGGAGUGAGUUCCAUCACCUCUUUUUCUUUUGUUUUAAGAUGGUGGAAGGCAAUCAUACCCAAGUGACAGAGUUCAUUUUCUUGGGCUUCACAGACAAUCCACACCUAGAAAUUGCCCUCUUUGCCGUGUUUUUGUUCAUCUAUGUGGCCAACGUGGUGGGAAAUGUGGGCAUGAUACUCCUGAUCAUUGUUGAUGAGCAGCUCCACACACCUAUGUAUUUUUUCCUUUGCCAACUCUCCUUAGUGGAUCUGGGCUACUCCACCGCCAUUGCCCCACGCAUGCUGGCCGACUUCUUACGUCCACGCAAGGUCAUCUCCUUCUCCAGCUGUGCCACCCAGUUUGCAUUUUUUGUGGGCUUUGUGGAUGCUGAAUGCUAUGUCUUGGCUGCCAUGGCAUAUGACCGCUAUGUAGCCAUCUGCCGUCCACUCCAUUACACCACAGUCAUGUCAAAACAGGUCUGUCUGGUAUUGGUGAUUGGUUCCUACAUAGCAGGUCUUAUCAGCUUGGUAUCCCAUACCAGCCUGACCUUCAGCUUAGAUUUCUGUGGCUCCAAUAUCAUCAACCAUUUCUUCUGUGAGAUUCCUCCCCUUCUAGCAUUGUCAUGUUCUGACACCUAUGUGAGUGAGAUCCUCCUCUUCAGCCUUUGUGGAUUCAUUGAGUUUAGCACCAUUCUUAUCAUUCUUAUUUCCUACCUCUUCAUCUUUGCUGCCAUCUUAAGGAUCCACUCUGCAGAGGGCAGGUGUAAAGCCUUCUCCACCUGUGCUUCCCAUCUCACUGGGGUCACACUCUUUUAUGGGACAGUUAUGUUUAUGUACUUGAGGCCAACAUCCAGUUACUCACUAGAUCAGGACAAAUGGGCCUCCGUGUUCUACACUGUUGUGAUCCCUAUGCUGAACCCCUUAAUCUAUAGCCUGAGGAACAAAGAUGUGAAGGAAGCUAUUAAAAGAGUCAUCAGCAAGAAAGUUUUAUCCAAGUAA